UUAAAUUUUAACCUUAGAUUAAAUUUUAAAAAAGCAAAAAUAUCAAUUUUAUUAAAAAUGAUACGCCAAAUUUAUUAAAAAUCAAUAAAGUUAUAAAAUAGUUUAUAUAAGCAAUCCUUUUUUAAUGGAUAAAAGCCUGAAAAAUGUUUUUCAAAUAACAUUAAAGAUCGUAUCAAGAAAGAAAGAAUGGAAAGGCUUAAAAGGGAAAGCAUUUAUUUCCCUACAGGAACAUCUAAUGAUUUAGAAAAAAUACGUAACAUAGGUAUUAUAGCUCAUAUAGAUGCAGGAAAAACAACAACAACUGAAAGAAUGCUUUAUUACGCAGGAGCACUAGUAGAGCCUGGAGAGGUUCAUGAUGGUAACACUGUGAUGGAUUAUUUAUAAUAGGAAAGAGAUAGAGGUAUUACUAUACGUGCAGCUGCUAUUUCAUUUAAUUGGAAUAAUUAUUAAUUUAAUCUUAUUGAUACUCCUGGUCAUAUUGAUUUUACAGGAGAGGUUGAACGUUCACUUAGGGUUCUUGAUGGAGCAGUCGCUAUUUUUGAUGGUGUUUCAGGUGUUUAGACUUAGAGUGAAAUGGUGUGGUUGCAAUCAAAUAAAUUUAAUAUUCCUCGUUUAGCAUUCAUAAACAAAAUGGAUAGAAAUGGCUCUAAUUUAGACUCAACAUUAUAAUCUAUCUAAGACAGGCUAAAUAUUGACCCACUUAUUUUGUAAGUACCUAUUGGAGAUAGCGAUUAAUUUAAGGGUGUUGUUGAUCUCAUACAUAUGAAAAAAAUUAUUUGGUUAGAUUAAAUGGGAAAUACUGUGGACAUUUCACCAAUAUCUAAAAGUGAUAUGAAGCUUUAUGAUUAGGCACAUAUUUAUAGAGAAAAGUUGUUAGAAACUAUUUCUUUAUAUGACGAAGAGCUAGGAGAAAGAAUUCUAGAAAACCAAGAAAGUGUAAAUGAAUAAGAACUUGAAAUGAGUAUAAAGAAGAUUUUGCAAAAAUAUCCUAAGGAUACUAGUGCUGUAUUAUUGGGAUCCUCAUUAAAGAAUAAGGGCAUAUAACCUCUCAUGGAUUCAAUCAUUAAAUAUUUACCCUCUCCUGUGGAAAAAACCCCAGUUUUCAAUAUUGAUAAUCCUUCUUAGAUUAGAAAGCCCUUACCAAAUGAGAAGUUAAGUGCUUAUGUAUACAAAGUUAUAAAUGAUGUUUAAAAAGGCCCUCUCACCUACGUUAGAGUAUAUUCUGGUACUUUGUAAAACCGUCAAGGAUUAUAAAUAUCUGAAAGUUCAAUAUAAGAAAAGCCUCAACAAUUAUGGAGAGUUAGAGCUGAUAACUAUGUUUAAAUAAAUGAAAUAGCUGCAGGAGAUAUUGCUGCUAUUUCUGGCUUAAAAUACACAAAGAGUGGUGAUACUUUAGUAGAUAGUAAGGAUAAUGAAAGAUUUAUAUUGGAGUAAUUAUAAAUGCCUUAACCUGUAUUUAUGGCUAGUUUGGAGUAUAACUCAUUAAAAGAUAAGCCUUUAAUAGAUUAAGCUCUUUAAGUCAUUUGUAGAGAAGAUAAUUCCUUGUUAGUAAAAGACGAUAACGAAACAGGAUAAAUUAUUGUUUAAGGAUUAGGAGAGUUACAUUUAGAAAUAUUAAGAGAUAGAUUAGAAACUGAGUUUAAUUUACCUACAAAAUUGGGAAAAAUGAGAGUUACUUAUAGAGAAAGUAUAUCUGAACCUUACGAGAUAACCUACACAUUUGAAAAAAUGAUGAAAGGAAAACCUGCAUACUUUGAACUAAAUCUUAAAGUGGAACCAAUUGAAGUGGAAGAUGCUCAAACAAUGAAGGACUCUUAAAAAGUAAAGGACAAGUUAAAUAAGCAAGAAGAAUUUUUAAAAGAGCACAAUAACCAAAUAAUAUUUGGAUUCAAGCGUGAUCCUGAAUUUGAUGGAUUUUAUAGAGAAUUUAAGAAAAGAAUUUAAUAAAAGCAAAGUAAUAAAAAAGGAGAGAGGGAUAUUGAAGAGACUGUUGAGGUUCAAAAGGAAGAGUCUAAAACAUUUACAGAAAUUUAACUUGAAAAGCUUAGAUUUAUUAAGAAUCCUGAGAAACUAACUGAAGUAGAUAAAUUAUAAGAUGAUUUUGGUGAAGAAAUAUUAUAUAGCUUAUCAGGUAUUGAUUUCGACUUAUUCUAUGCUUUAGAAUAAACAAUAUAUAACGGAUUACAAAGUGGAUCUAUUUUAGGUUAUCCCUUAAUUAAUUGUAGAGUAACUAUUCUAGGUGGUAAAUUCUCGUUAAAAAGAACAACUGAAGUUGUUGUUCAAAUGUGUACUGGUGAAUUAAUGUAGGAAUUAAUUGAAAACAGCUCUCCUCAGCUUUUAGAACCUGUUAUGGAUGUAGAAAUCUCAACUCCAACAGAAUUUUCGAGAGAGAUUAUUAACGAUAUCAGUUCCAACAAAAGAGGUAGAAUUGGAGAGAUGGUGGAAGAAAAAAGUAGAUUUGGAUCUAUGUCUCCCAAUAGAACAACUAUUAAUGCUAUUGUUCCAUUAUCUGAAACAGUUGGUUAUACUACUUUCUUAAGAUCAAUAUCAAAAGGAGAAGCUAGCUUUUUGAUGAAAUUCAAAAACUUUGAAUUUGUAGGAGGAUAAAAGCAAAAAGAAAUUGUAGAAGGAGAUUUUUGAAUUGAAAUUUAUUAU